GCACCCUGCGGCGUAGGCUUCAAAAAGUUUACUUUCGCUUUUCAGUACCACUCCUACCUUUGUCACUUGAGACAUUUUGAAGAGUCCCUCAUCUGAUGCUAAAGGGUUCUCCGAUAGGCCUACUCAACUUAGAUAUUCUCAGUCGAUCUAAUAUCCAGGUGAAAGAUGGCAGUAACUACGAGGAGGAUUCUGAACUCCACCAUGCCCUUCAGAGGGCCAGCCCUGAAGGGCUCCUUCGACAAAAGCAUCUAUGCCGAUGCCUCCACAACAGAGCCUGACCUCAAGCAGAAGGGCAAGACAGAGAAGGUGCCCGGCGCUGACCAAAUAUCUGACUUGCUGGUCAGAGUGUUGACCCAGGGGUCUGCAGAACAGGUUGGAACGGGCAGGUCGCCGGAGUGCAGUAGCCCCUUUAUCGCCCAAGCACAAUGUGAAUCUCAGGACUCGCAGGAGUUCUCUCCCACUGGCAGCGAGAAGUACAGGCAUCGAGAUCCACAGGCACCAUAUGUACAGCAUACAAGACACAGUCCUCACCAGAGUAGCCAUCGGGCCCCCGCUGAGGUACUUGUUGCAGCCGCCACUGUGGAUGGGCCGCAGCCGGUUGGCAAGAGGAGGCGCAAGCGGAAGCAUCGACCCAGGCGGAGGACCAGGAACGAGCACCAGCAGCAGGAGGAGGCGAGAGGAGAGGUGCGGAGGGAGAGAGCGCACACCGGUGUGCCCGAACAGGAGUCCGGAGAGAUCCCCCCACAAUUGCAUCCAUUUCGCACAGCUCUAUCAGAGGGAGGGUUAUCAGAGUGCAGUAGCAGCAGCAGCGAUGAGAGCGGUUGGGUCCAGGAGACUGGGGACUGGGUGUCCCCGUCAUCCAGCCACCACUGCCUCCCUUUUGGGCAGCCGAGCCUGGACGCAGGUGGCAUGGAGCUGGCCGUGCAGUCCCACAGGAACACGGUGAACUAUGAAGACAAGACAGAUGGGAGAGAGUACAUCACUCCCCUUGUCGAGGCCAUGUUGAGAGACUACAGGGAGAAAGAAGACAAACUACAGGAGGAGGACAUCAAUGAGGGUUUAGUUCUCCAUGAGAAGCUGCAGCCGGUGGAGUUUGAGUACCGGGAGGGCCGCGAGUACACCAGCAACCUUAUCAAAAGUGGUUCCUAUGGGGACGUGUGCCGCGUCCGAGACAACAGCACAGGCUUUGUGUGCGCCGCCAAAAAGGUGCCCCUGAGUCGCUUUAAGAGCGGAGAGGUAGGUGCGUGGAGCUGCCUGCUUCCUCUGGCCUGCGUGGUGGAUCUCUUUGGUGCUGUCCGCGAGGGACCCAACAUGAUCCUCUUCAUGGACCUCAAGUCUGGCUCUUUAGGUCAGCUCCUGGAGCAGCGGGGGCGGCUCCCAGAGGACCUGGCCUUGUACUACUUCACUCAGGGGCUGGAAGCUCUUGAGUACCUUCACCAGAGGCAAAUCCUGCAUCUAGACGUAAAAGCUGAUAAUAUGCUGCUGUCAGAGGAUGGGAAGAACAUCUUUAUGUGUGACUUUGGACACUCAGAGAAACUCAAUACACCUGGCGAGUGCAUCAGAGUAAAUACAGAGAUGAAAGGCACAGAGACACACAUGGCCCCUGAGAUGGUGAAAGCAGAGCGCUGUGGCACCAAGGCAGAUGUGUGGAGCAGCAGCUGUAUGCUCCUGCACCUGCUCACUGGCUGCCACCCCUGGACACGCCUCUACUCCCGCCCCCUCUACCUCACGAUCGCCAAUGAGCCGCCGCCCUUGAGGGAGAUUCCGCCUGACUGCAGCCCCCUUGUCGCUGAGGUCCUGAAAGCGGGACUUGAGAAAGAGCCAAUCAGGAGAGCGUCGGCUCAAGAGCUGAGGGUGCAGGCAACACGAGCCCUCCAAGGAGUGGGUGGACUGACCAGCCCUGUUAAAGGACCUUAUGUGAAACCACUGAAGAAGUUAGCCAAGCUCAGCCCUGCGCCGUCCGAUGCCACCACACCCAUGUCCACCCCCACCCUCACUGCCACACCCCACCCCACUCCGCCUGCCUCCUCCUCCUCCUCCACCAGUCUGUCUGCGGAGCCGGGGCGGAAGAGGAGCCACUCCAGAAGGAAGACGUCCAGGCAGCACGGGGAGCAGGAGGAGGAGACGGAGGGGGAAGAGGGACAGUGUGCACCUCCAUCUCCAUCUCCAGCGCCUCUGCACACGGGCAGUAGCCCAGUGACUGCCGAGUUACGCAAGUUGGAGCGAGACUUCUUCCUCACCAGCCUUUCUCAGCUCCACUCUGCAGAGCUUCAGGAGCAGCUUCUGUCUUGUCUGAGCAGUGAGGGUCCCUCACACCUGGACUUAUGGGAUAAAAAGGACUCAGGACGCUGGUCUCUCAGCCCAGGUGAAGAACUCAGCUCAGGUGUAUUUUCUGGCAACAGCCAAUCAGAGAGCCAAAGCUUCGGCAUGGAAUGGCGGGGUACCCCUACCCUGCGCCAUACAUUUUGCUUAGGAGGAGUGGAAGUCUGCAUCCAGGACUUCAGUGGUCGACGUAUCUGCAUCCGUGAGAAACCCAGAGUCAGCGUGGGUCACAUCGCCCGAGGAAUCAGUGAGCAGAUCUCAGAGCCGGUGUUUAGCCUGCAGAGUAUGGACGGUUGCCCCGUGUCACACGAUGAGGAAAUGUCCUCUCCUCGCCUGCUCCUGCACUGUGUCCAUGCUCCCGACUGUAACCACUCCCCUGCCACUGGCCACACACCGUCCUGCAUGCAGUCCUGGAGGUGGAGGAUCAAAAACGGUCGCCUGGAGACCAAGAACUGAUUGCUUCCACUCCUUCACCCAUAUCCACCUACCUUCAUCCUUUUGCUGUUCAUGAGAUUGUCAGAUUUUACUUGUGUGGUCUGAAUUAGUGAUCUCACAAAAGCAAUAAGCUCUCAGAUGUCUGGUUUCAAGGCUGAAUCGAUAGAUGAGUAAACAUUUGGCUAUCAUUUCGUGCCUGACUUUGCUGGAACAUUGGCCAAAGGGGUUUUAGCAGUUUACCUGGUCUUCUUUGCAAUCUACAUGUCUAUGUAAAUAAGCUGUUUCUUAAGUCCCUCCUGUGAGCUCAUGUUUUAUUGAAUUACACACUUGGUUGCCCUUUUAGGUCCUUACAUUUUACCAUUAAAGCUGUAUUGAACUCACAGUAAAAAAAAAGAAAAAAUGUAUUUGUGCACUUUGUACCCAGCAGUAAAAAUGUAAUGAUUAAUGGUGGCUACAUGUCAAUCAGGAACACUUCAGUGAGAUGGCCACACUGCCAUCGAAUUAUGUUACACUGCACAUGGAAGGAAUGAGACAAAAAACCACUUGGAGCAGUGUUACAAUUCAAAUGGUUUACCUCGUUGUUCAUGCAAUGUGACAUUGGAGACGUCCUGACGUCUGUGGCUUGCUUGUUUUGAUGCUGCAUUGUGGAAAUGUCCAGUACGCUGGGGUGAUUUACUUUACAUAGAAGAUUAAUGGGAAAUUCCAACAGAAUAGUUUGAAUACUUCAGAAAUAGGAAGAAAUAAGAGUCACAACCCACAGUUGGUCACUCUUGUCACUCCAGGUUCUCUCAUCUUCCUGAUUUAUAUGUACUCAUGCAUCAGGAUAUAACUUGCCUGUUGUGGUUUGAAUGUUUAAUCUGCCUCUUGUAGGGGCAGUACUGCAAAAGACAAUUAUUGAGAUAGAUGUUUGAGGUCGAUUGUGCAGUUACCAUAUUGCAAGUUAUUUCAUUUCAAUUAAAGCAUUUAUAACUCAAUGUGCUGUACUGUAUGUUGCUGGGUUUUCUUUGCAUCUGUGAAACAUGAGGAACUAUUAAAGCCAUCUGAAUAUCUGAUGACAGAUAAAUGCAUGUGUCAAAAAUGUCUGUAAUGGAAGAAAUGAAAUACAAUACAAAUAAAACACAAGCCUUUACCUUUA